AUGGUGCGUAAUCCUUUAAUUGCUGCACCACCAUUCAUUCCCGACCCUGACCCUGGCGCUGGCCCUGCCUCACCUACAGACUCCGACGGUUCUCAGAACGGCCGAGACACUGUGCCUCCUCAAGUCCGACAUUCCUCUCAAGCCAUAACAUCUCAGACUGCCAUCAAUGGUGGCUCCCACGACCCUGACCCGCGUACCUUCGCUCCUCCUUCGGGCCUGUCCAUACAUCAGAGUGAGACUUCGAGGUCUGCGCUCUCCACCCCUCGUCAUUCGGUCCACAAUCCAGGAUCCCACCCGAGCCAGCCACUAUCCCUUGCCGAUCAUUACAACCUCCCGCUCCAACCACCGAAGCCAUGGAAGAGCACUACGCGGACUUGGACACGCCCUCAAUUGGAAAGAGAACGAUACGAGUUCUUCGAGACCAGGGUGACGGGGCGGAAAGAGGUCUGGAGCGGCUUGAAACAAGCCAUUGGAUGCUUGCACGAAGGGGAUUUGGACGAUGCCCAGGGUAUCCUGGAUGCUCUAGUCGUCACAUUACCCACGGGAAGACUUGAGGACGGUGCCUACGACGAAUUUGGAAACUUGUACAGGAUGCCCGAGGCGGUCAUUUCAGAUCCUAUCAACGUUUCCGAAGAUGCGGGGGACAUGGACAGCCAGACUGUCCUGGGUGCAGGUGACAUAGACACGCUUGCAAAGUUGGAAGCCGCCGAGGCAGGUCCUACGAGCUUCAACAAGGAAGACACUGACGGCGAGAAGGCCAAAGAAGCCAAAGGUAAGGCCGUUGUCGAAAGGGACGCUAUGAGGGUCAAAUGUCGCUUGAGCGACCGAGGAGGCCCCGACGUUGUCGUGCUUCUAGGCAAGGGUCAGCGCGUCGCGGCACUCACCCAGAGAAUCCGAGAUGAAACUGAGGUUCCAAGCCAGGCGCGGAUACGAAUCGCAUAUCUUGGCAAGAUCUUGGACGACAGACGCACUCUCGCCGCACAAGGCUGGAAAGAGGGCCAUGUCGUCAAUGCGCUGGUUGUGGGAAUGUUCCCUUGA